GGCACGAGCGGCUGCGGGAUCCAGAAGCAGAACUGCGCGUGGCUCAUGGUCACCCACGAAGCGUGUGCCAAGGACGAUGUGAUGACAGCACUAGAGAAAGCCACUGGUGACGUUGUGUUCAAGUUUGAACCAUUUGUUCUUCAUGUGCUAUGUCAAGAGCUGCAGGAUGCCCAACUUCUGCAUUCGGUGGCUAUCAAUUCUGGGUUCAGGAACUCUGGCAUUACAGUUGGCAAAGGAGGAAAAAUUACAAUGGCUGUCCGGAGCACUCACUGCUUAGAAGUUCCAUUGAGCCACAAGGGGAGAUUGAUGGUCACAGAAGAAUAUAUUGAAUUUUUGAUACAAGUAGCUAAUCGGAAAAUGGAAGAAAACACAAGGAGGAUUGACAGAUUUUACAAAGGCUUAGAGCUGGCUUUGGAAGCGGGUGCCGGAGCCAGCAGCUCACCUGCUGAGGAGACGGGGAGGAAGCGCUCUGUGUACGUGCACAGGAGGAAGAGGAGGACCGUGCGAGAAGGGACUGUGUGCACCUCUCCAAAGGGCCACGAGGAAUCGGGGCCCCGGGACGAGACCGAAAGCGCUCUUGAUAUUUUUGCUGAGAUGAUGAUAUAA